AAGCGAGUUCUGCUAUCUGCAGGAAAAACCACAUUAAGCAGCGCAAGCGCCCUCACCACUAUUAGAGAUGAUAUGAAUGUCAGCCGGUCAAGGUCCGCUCUCAUGCAGUCUUCGCCUGCCUCUUGUGGGAAACAUCUGUCGCAGGCUUUCGGAUGAUUUUGCGCUCGCUCCGUGCCUCUCCUCAACAGAGACGGACCGAAACCGUGUUUUUGAGCAUUAGUGUUGAAAUGACAUGCUGCAGUAAGACGGGAAACGGCCCGGGAAUAUUAGGCUACGGAUUAAAUAAAUUGAUGAUGUGACUGCGACACUACUACGCGAGGAAAAUGGUUCACAGCCUUGAUUUUGCUCACGCUGUUUCGGUAUUAUUAACUGGACUCUUUGUUUUCACUUAAUUGUCAUUUCAAUCUUGAGGACAUUGUUCUAUUUCCUGAGCACUCCCCUGGUUAUCCUGCGGCAGUAGGCUACACCAUCCUCCACAUCCCGACCGUUGGAGGCAGCAUCAUGUCGGCGGUGAUGAUAACGAGGAAGGUGCGCAAAUGGGAGAAGCUCCCGGGCAAGAACAGCUUCUGUUGCGACGGCAGGGUGAUGAUGGCCCGGCAAAAGGGAGUCUUCUAUCUAACCCUGUUCCUCAUCGUGGGGACCUGCUCUCUCUUCUUCGCAUUUGAGUGUCCAUACCUAGCUGUCCACUUGUCUCCUGCCAUCCCUGUUUUCGCUGCUGUCCUCUUCCUCUUUGUCAUGGCCAUGCUGCUGAGGACCAGCUUCAGUGACCCUGGGGUGCUGCCUCGGGCUCUCCCAGAUGAAGCCACCUUCAUUGAGAUGGAGAUUGAGGCUGCCAACGGAAACGUGCCACCCGGUCAACGCGCCCCACCGAGGAUCCGCAACGUGCAAAUCAACAACCAGAUUGUCAAACUCAAGUAUUGCUACACCUGCAAGAUCUUCAGACCCCCGCGGGCCUCACACUGCAGCAUCUGUGACAACUGCGUCGACCGCUUUGAUCACCACUGUCCCUGGGUGGGCAAUUGUGUGGGCAAGAGGAACUACAGAUAUUUCUACCUGUUCACACUCUCCUUGUCCCUGCUCACCAUCUACAUCUUCACUUUCGAUAUUGUCCACGUGGCUAUGCGCUCUGUGGUCAGUGGCUUUCUGAACACACUGAAGGAAACACCUGGCACUGUCAUCGAGUUGUUGGUGUGUUUCUUCACUUUGUGGUCAGUAGUGGGACUGACAGGCUUCCACACUUACCUAAUCUCUCUGAACCAAACAACCAACGAAGACAUCAAAGGGUCGUGGUCAGGGAAGAACCGGGUCCAGAAUCCAUACAGUCACAAGAACAUCAUCAAAAACUGCUGUGAGGUGCUCUGUGGGCCCACCUAUCCUAGUGUGUUGGACAGAAGAGGUCUGAUGCAGGAUGAUUUGGCUGCUCUUCCCUCUGCUAACAACGAUACUGCACCACAAACUACGAAAACCACAGCUCCACUCAUCCCAAAUGAGCACACUCCUGACGAAGCCAAGGCCAGUGCUGGCUCAGCAGGAGAGAAGAGCCACUCUCCUAAAGAGGAGCAGCCGCCCACCGCCAAACUGCCCCCACUGGCCUCCCCGGAGACUGACGCCGAGACAUCCAUCGCCAAGGACAAGCCCCACUAACUUUAUCAGGGGGCGGAGUCUGUGUCCUUGCCCCACCUCCUCCAGCAUUUUGCGCACUCAGGAAAUAAACAGUUGAACAAUUGGUGUGCGCAUCAUUCAAUCACCUGGUAACACAAGAGUUAAUGCAGCGGUUCCUACAGAGACCUCUUAAUCAAAUAUGAACUCUUAUGGAAAGAUGGAGGACAUGAUGGGAUGUGAGCUGUAUCCUGUUUCCUAACACUGCAUGGAUAAGACUGUGCUGGAUACAACAAAAACAGGUCCUCCUUUGGAGCAGCUCAUGUGACUGUUGUCCAUUAUUUAAAAUUGCAUAGUAAUGUGUAUUGUGAAAGUAUAAUCGAGCCAUUGGCAAAGUUGUUGUUUUUUUGUGCACAUAUUACAUGCUAUGCAAAUCACAAGGAAGCUGAGUGAGGUAAAUUCAUAAUGAUGUCCAGCAGGGGGCUUUUUAAGUUAUUGCUGCAGUCAAUGCUGUCACGAACUGAUCAAAACAGUCCUUCCAUUUUGAUACUUCAGUUUGAUGAAAAAUAUAAAAUCAGGUGACCAUUGGAGUGUUAUUGAAGACUUUUCAUAAAUGACGGCAGACACUUAAAACAGUGCCUUAUUGUUGCAGUUGCACUGUCCAAUGCAACUAAGAUCCACCACCUGUUCAUACCUUCAAUACCAGUGCUCAGUCAGAGUAAACGGCAACAUUAUACAGUUUAGUCCAGUGGAUCCUCUGGUGUAUUAUAAAAUAGAACUGGCAGAUAUCAUCUUGUUAGAGUCAGUUAAACAUCUGUGUUUCUCUGGGAGUAUUUGAGUAUCGUAAUGUUCAAAUCAACCCAGUGAUGCCAAAAUGCAUUCUUUGUGGCCUGUUACUGCUGCUGAGAACCACUGAUCUAGACUAAACAAAGCAAAAACAUAGCCAUUGUUAAACUGUACAUAGUUUAUAAAGUUGUAGUCUUCGGCCAAUGAGUGGUGAAACAGAUAGGCGCAUGUUUUGAUAUAUUUACAGCCGAUGUUAGUUUUGACGUGCACUUCCAUCUGCAGAUCUUCCUGACAGACCUCUGUCUCUUCAUCCAUGUCUUUCACAUCUCAUUCAGCCCCUUCUACAGUUAUGGAAGAUAUCCUUUAGCUCGCAGCAGAGCAGCUGUGAAUUCACACAGAGAUAAACAAGGGACAAGAGAAGCCACUUAGACUAUAAAGAUAUUAGCUGGUAGAGAGAGUUUGUAUUAGUGCCUGUGUUUUGUAUGCAAGACAGUGUUUGUGAAGUAUUAUAUCAAGUAGAAACCCAGUGUGUCAAUAGUAUUGCAUCAGUUUCAAAACCACAGCAAAUAUUUCACAAUUUGACACUUCUUCAGAAUUGAAAAGAAUUUGAAUUUCCAACUAACCAGAAAGAAAAUGAGGAAUUACUAAGUAUUUAGCUAUGCUAUGUAAAUAAGUAUUUAUACAGUUAAUGAUUGUUGAGUGAUGACCGGGGCUAUGUAUCUGAAUGGACACUGACUACUGGUUAAAGGCAAAUGGCUCCCAAUAAUAUUAAUAAUGUAUAAUGUAUUUAUUUUAAUUGUGUUUUCUUUUGUGUGUAGAUGCUUGUCAUUGGUCAUUUUAGCCAAAAUGUCACUCUACAUUCAUCGAUCAAGUUUACUUUUUGUAUUCAGUUUUAGCUGAUAGACUUUAAACCAGUUUCUUUUCUAAUAUCCUGUAAAUUUUUCACGUUUGUGUGAUGUCAAGAAAUGUAACACAUUUGAAUAAAACUGUUCACUGAAGUCGGUACCCAAACCAGUCAGUACCUAAACAAGAAUGUAACACUGUUAAAGGGAUAUUUUGGAGCACAUUUAAAGGGAUUGGUAAACAGUCGUGUGGGUGCCACCAUGUUGUAAACAAACCCGAAUACUCUGAAAUAAUAACUUGUUGAUUGAACUCUCCACCUUUAGUCUCAACACUGUGAUUCUGUGUACUUCAUCCUAUUAAAUUCACUUCUUUUACAUUA